AUGCCAAGAGUCCAACUCCUCAAUAUAGUAAGGAAUAUUGCUACAAUGACAGCUGGACUGAAACAAACCUAUGUGGGGUCUUUAGCUUGCCAAAGAAACUCGUUUUUAUCAAAAGACUUUGUCACCACAGUCGUUGCCUGCAAUCCAGGCAAGAAGAAGAACACAUAUGAAGUCGAAUUAGAAGACACAAUUUUAUUCCCAGAAGGUGGAGGACAACCUAGCGACUCUGGUAGAAUUCGUGUGGAAAAUGGCGAAGUUUUAUCUGUUUCUUCAGUGUUCAGAAGAGGCUUGCAUGCUGUGCAUCUUGCCGACAAAGACAUCAACCCAGGAACUAAAGUGACUAUUGACAUCGACUGGACUAAAAGACUAGACUACAUGCAACAACAUACUGGCCAACAUUUAGUAAGUGCAAUUCUUGAACAAAAAUGGAAUUUAAAGACACUUUCUUGGUCUAUGGGAGGUGUUCCAAGUGAAAAGAAGCCUCACAUUGAACCAUUUGAUCUAUUCAAUUAUCUUGAAAUUGGAAGAGCACUCACCGCAGAAGAAGUACAGGAGUUAACUGAAACAAUCACGAAAUACAUAACUGUUGAUCCAAAGAACAUUGAAAUUCUUGAGGGGGAUCCAGAGUCUCAUGAAGAAGUUAGCACUCAUAAAGUUCCUGAUGAUUACGAUUUAUCAAAAGGUGUUUUGAGGGUUGUGAAAAUUGGGAAUUUGGACAAGAACCCAUGUUGUGGUACUCAUUUGCAAUCGACUUCACAGAUAUCUUCAGUCCUCAUUUUGCCCAAACAAUCUAGCGUAAGAGGUACAAAUUCUAGAUUGUACUUUAUGUGUGGUGAUAGAGUGAGAAGAUAUGCAUUGUUUGCUAAUGAAACAAUUAGUGCUACAAAGAAAGUUCUAUCUUGCUCGGAUAAUGAGAUUGUUAAUAAGUGCGAAACUACAUUGAAGAACUUACAAAAGGCCACUAAAAGGGAACAAUACUGGAUUAAGGAAUUAGCUCAAUAUUCAGCCAAACCUGUUGUCGAAACUUUGCAAGAGAGAUCCAAAGCACACUUGAUUCGGGAUGAAUUUGGUACCCUAGAAUUUUUGAUUCAAGCCUGGAAUGCAAUUAACCAACAAGUCACUGAACUUUCCUUGAAAGAUUACUGUUAUGUUCUUAUUGGGAGGGAAAGAGCAACUUCUACUGGCGCAGUAUUGAUCAUUUCUGAUUCUGGUGAAAAAAUUCAAGAGACUUCUAAUAGCAUAAAGGCUAUAGUUUCGCAGUUGAAAGGUGGCGGUGGUAAAAAUGGUGGUAAAUGGCAAGGAAAGGUUUCUCAAUUCAGAGAUAACGAGUUCGAGGAACUCGGGAAGUUCUUACAAUCCAAUUUCUGA